UUUGAAAGUACUUACAGGAAGUAGAUCUGGUUCGUUUCCUGCUGUGUUUUCGACUUGAGACACUUUGGUCGUUUGGGCUUUUCGCAGUUUCAGCAACGACUCACACAUCAGCAAAUGCAGGAUGACGGAAGCUCAGUUGAUCAACGGCUACGACAACGACUUCCAGUUCAACUUGACGCCGUACGAAUACAUUCCUCCCGUGGACGUGAAGACUGAAGCGUACAUACCUGAGACAGCACAUGGCCCUUACAUACAAAUCAUCGAGGAGCCCAAACAGCGCGGCUUUCGCUUUCGUUAUGAGUGCGAGGGCCCGUCGCACGGCGGUCUGCCGGGAGCCUCCAGUGAGAAAAACAGAAGGACGUACCCCACUGUCAAGAUCAACAACUACGUGGGCCACGCGCGUGUGGAGGUUCAGCUGGUGACCCACACGGAUCCGCCGCGCGUGCACGCGCACAGCCUGGUGGGACGCCACUGCAACGAGAACGGAACGUGCACCCUGGACGUGGGACCCGACGACCUGACCGCCUCUUUCAGCAACCUGGGCAUCCUCCACGUGACCAAGAAGGGUGUGACGGACGUCCUGACGCGGAGACUGCGAGACGAGUGGCGUCGGCGUCCGGGAGGCUCCGCCCGGCCCACGGCGACCGAGGAGAGCGCGCUGGUCAAGGAGGCCAAGGAGCUGUCCAAGAUGGUGGACCUCAACAUCGUCAGGCUCAAGUUCACCGCCUUCCUCAAGGACAGCAACGGAGGAUUCACGAGAGCUCUCCGGGCCGUGGUGUCCAACGCCAUCUACGACAGCAAAUCUCCCAACGCGUCCAACCUGAAGAUCUCCCGCAUGGACAAGACGUGCGGAUCGGUGCUGGGAGGAGACGAGAUCUUCCUGCUCUGCGACAAAGUCCAGAAAGACGACAUCGACGUGCGCUUCUACGAGGACGAGGACGGCGGCUGGGAGGCGUACGGCGACUUCGCUCCGACCGACGUCCACAAGCAGUACGCCAUCGUGUUCAAAACGCCGCCGUACCACAGCGCCGAGAUCGAGCGUCCCGUCACCGUCUUCCUCCAGCUCAAGCGGAAAAAGGCGGGAGACUGCAGCGACCCCAAACACUUCACGUACAUUCCGCACGUUCAAGACAAAGAGGAGGUGCUGAGGAAGAAACAAAAGCCCCUCCCCCACUACGAGCCCUGGCGAGGAGGAGGAGGAGGAGGAGCCGGCGGCGGCGGCUUUGGAGGGGGAGGAGCUACAAGUGAAGGUUUUCACUUCAGCCAGCAAAUGAACGGCGCGGCGGGUGGAGGAGGAGGAGGGGGCGGAGUCUUCUAUUCCGGAAGCAGCGGCAGCUUUGGAGGGGGCGGGGUCCACAUGUCAGGCUCCGCCCUCCAGCGCAGGCAACUGGCCGUUAUCGCCUCCGCCCUCCAGGCCGGCGCGUCGGACGCCGCUCGUCAGGCGCGCGGCGCCCUACUUCGCUACUGCGCCGGCGGCGACGCUCGGGUCCUUCUGGAGCUGCACGGACGCCUGUGCGCCACGCGGGACGCCAGCGGAGACACUCCCCUGCACCUGUCCGUCAUCCAUCAGCAGACGGCCGUCACCUGCCAGCUGAUCGACACGUUGCUUAGCAACCGGCGGGAACGCCUGCUCGACGUCGCCAAUCAUCAGCAGCAGACGGCGCUGCACCUGGCGGCGCUGACGCGUCAGGCGUCUGCGGUGGAGGCGCUGAUGAGGGCGGGGGCGGACCCCGGCCUGCGGGACAAAGACGGCCGCUGCCCGCUGCACCUGGCGGCGCUGGGCGGCGACGCGGCCACGCUGCGCGCCGCGCUGGCCCACCUGGGGGAAGGACACGCCCACGUCUUGAACACGGCCGAUUACCACGGUUUGGUCCCGCUUCACCUGGCGGUCCGUCGCGACGGGCAUCGCUGUCUGCGCCUGCUGGUGGAGAGCGGCGCUAAGGUCAACGCCCCCGAGCUGAAGGGCGGACACACGGCUCUGCACAUGGCCGUCCGCCAAAACCUUCUCAAGGUCGCCUGCACGCUGGUCACCGAGUUGAAGGCGGACGUGAACGCUCGCACGUUCGGAGGAAACACGCCGCUUCAUCUGGCCGCCGCCGCACACGCGCACACGCUCUGCUCCGUGCUGCUUGCCGCCGGUGCGGACAAAUACAUGGAAAACGACGAGCCGCUGGUCUUAAGCUCCUCCUCCGACGACGACGAGGAGGAGGCGGGGGCUACGGCGCGGCCAGUCGGCAGCCGGAAGAGACGAGUGAGCGGGCACACGGCGCUGGACCUGGCCAAAUGUCACAAGGUCAGGAAGCUGCUGACGUCGCCGACCGCUCGUCACGUGACUGACAAGAUCCAAGGCAAACGAGGCGGCGCGGCAGGCGGCGAGCCGCGUUGGCGCGUGGACGCGGACACGCUGGGCCACCUGGUGGAGGUUGUCCGCGACGCCGGCGUUCCGUGGGAUAAGAUGGCCGACAAACUGGGAAUGACAACGCUGGCCAGCUUCUACCGCGACAGCCCCUCCCCCUACUACAGCCUCCUGCAACACUACCAGCUGUGCGGAGGUCCCGCCGAAGACGUCCUGGAGGCGCUGGCGUCGUUGGGCGUCGACGACGGCGUGCGCCUGCUGCGCCGCCUCCAUCCCGACGACGCGCUCGCGCCGCAAGACAAACUCAGACAAGAAUCGACGGUGGACAGCGGCUUCAGCAGUCAGCCAAUAGAAGACGAGCAGCCGCCCGCGGCCAAUCAGUGAGCGGCGGGAAACGCGGCGGUCCCGUCGUGGUGACAAGGCGCUGUGAUGUCACUCACAAGCUCGGAGAGUCCAAAACAAAAAAACUCUUUUGCGCUGGUGGAGAAAAAGCACGUUUCGUUCUUCUCCGGUCGUCCGUUAAGAUGACAAACGACAGAUUUUCGAUCGACAUUUCAUGAUGGAAAUAAAUAUUGAUGACUUUCAA